GGAGAAUUUUCAUUUCUCCACUUUCACGCCGUCGUCCCGUCCUUUCUUUCAUCUCAAAUCCAGACCACGCCGCCCACCGGAGAGGAAAUUAAAGUGCUCGACGUCUCCUCUUCAACCUCGCAAGACGUAGCCCUGUCCUCUCCUUCUUCUUCUCCAGUUCACGCCAGAAUAAGAGCUCGACGUCUCCGCCUCAGCCUCCGCCUCGAUGUCGAUAAAAUCUUGCAAUCUACCGGUAGAGGACACAAUGUUACAGUUACAAAUGAUGGAGCAACCAUCUUAAAGUCACUGCACAUUGAAAAUGCUGCUGCUAAGGGAAGUACAAAUUUGGAAUCCAUUCAAAUUAAGAAGCCCGGUGGUUCACUGAAAGAUUCAUUUAUGGAGGAGGGGUACGACAGAGACUCGGGAAUCUCUUGUGGAUGCUCUAUCAGAAGUGUCCGAGUGGCUGCAUUUACAGGUCUGGUUCUAAUGAUGAAUGUCUGGACACUUCAUCCGAAUGGUGGUUUGUUGAUUGCAUUAAUGAUGCUGAGAUGCAAUUCGGCACUGAGGUCGCAUCUUGAGUAUGAUGCUUCUACUGCUCCUCCACCACAAUAUAUUGAGAGAAGUACAAGUACAGACAUCGUCGUGUUACUUUCAAAGCAGUCUAUGGAACAAAAAAUGGGAAGCCUAAAUGUGUAUUUGUUGCAUUGCCAGAAUAUUGUUUAGGUUUCAUGAUUUGGCAUAUUUGAAUAUUUGUGUUUUGAAUUGUAAGACUAUUGGUGUGUUUGUUGGAUUCUAGAAUAUUAUAAGUUGAGACUAUUUUAAUUAUUGUGC